CAGAAGUUGUCUACCUACACAAAGAAACUGAUAAAAUAACCUAUAACACUAAACCUCUUCCUGUCCAGUCGUUUUCUUUCCCCUCUUCUCUGCUCUUCCAGCAAAAUAUUUAAUUUUCCUGCGCAGAAAGAUCCCCCAAUUCCAACUCAUGGCACUUUCUUCCAUUUCCUCACUAUCAGUAAAAUGUCUACCCUUAUCUUCUUCUAAAUCAAAGCUUCCGAGUUGUCUACAACCCAGAAAACCAAUUUCCCUGGUCUCUCAAAUAAACCCACAAAAGGAUCAAACUCAAGAUUGUUCGGAGAGGAAGCACAUUGGUAAGAGUACAGAGCCCAAGAGAUGGCAAAAGUUGGUUUCAACUGCUUUGGCAGCCGCUGCAGUCAUUAGUUUUAGUUCGGGCAUGCCAUCAAUUGCCGAACUCAACAAGUAUGAGGCUGAAACCCGUGGUGAAUUCGGAAUUGGAUCUGCCGCUCAAUUUGGUUCUGCAGAUCUCAGGAAGGCAGUGCAUGUUAACGAAAAUUUCAGGAGAGCCAAUUUCACAUCUGCUGAUAUGAGGGAAUCAGAUUUCAGUGGCUGUACCUUUAAUGGCGCAUAUCUUGAAAAAGCUGUUGCAUACAAGACAAAUUUCUCAGGUGCAGAUUUGAGUGAUACAUUGAUGGAUCGUAUGGUACUAAAUGAAGCAAAUUUUACAAAUGCAGUGCUAGUUCGAUCAGUGCUGACACGAAGCGAUUUAGGCGGUGCUAUAAUUGUAGGUGCUGACUUUAGUGAUGCCGUCAUUGACUUACCUCAAAAGCAGGCACUAUGCAAGUAUGCGAGUGGGACGAACCCAGUAACGGGGGUGAGCACGAGGGCGAGCUUAGGGUGCGGAAACAGCCGCAGAAAUGCGUACGGAACGCCGUCGUCUCCUCUGCUCAGCGCACCGCCGCAGCAGCUGCUUGACCGUGACGGUUUCUGCGACCAAGGCACUGGCCUUUGCGAGGCCACUAAAUAGAUAGAUGUGUACAUAUAUUAUAUAUUCAGUUCAACUUGCAUUAAAAUGGAACUUGGAGGACUUUCUUGGAAAAGUGUGGAUUUGUUUGUAUAUACUCUUUUAGACGGCAAAUACACCCAGCUUAAUUAAUUACUGUUCUUUAUUA